CUGGCUCCCUGCAGCAAAUCUAGCCCAGCCAGCCUCCUGCGGGUGGCCUGCGCGCUCCCCCUCAGCGACACAGGCAGGGCAGUCACCUGGCUGUAGCAUCCGAAUGCCCUUAGGUUAGCGCCCAGAGGCAGAGGUAAACCAUGGGCCAAGCCGGGCCCAUCAGCCAAGCUGCUGUGGAAUCCAUCCCUGUCUGUCUCCUUGUCAGCCCCAAGUGAAAGCUUCUCUGGCUCCCCAGAGGCCAGCCCUUCUCCCUGACACCUGUCCACUUCGUUCUCCAGCUGGGGCCUCCACGUCCCUCCACGUGGGCUGCUCCACGUCCUGGGGGAAGGGGGAUCUCCUCCUUCUUGGUUGCUAGCCAUGGACCUGGCACCAAACUCCGAGGACCCCCAAGGCUCCGACAAUGACUCCGACACAGAGAACAAGGUUGAUCCAGACAUGCAGGCUCAGGAGUACAUCGACCGCAUCCUCAGCUCUGCUCAGCCCAGCCACAAGGCCCAGUGCCCACCUCCCGAAUCACUCUCUGUGGGGCCCAGGGCCCAUGCAUCGGAGCACAGGUCUCCCCUGGAGCUGAAGAAGUCUCCUGCAAGCGACGACGUGACCUCUGGGCUGUUAGCCCUCCCUCUGGAGCUGAUCCUGGAGAUCUGCUCUUACCUGGAAGCCAGGUUUCUUCUCAAUGUCUUGCCCUUGGUCUGUCGGACCCUCAGGGAUAUUGUGCAGGACCCAGUGACCUGGAGGAUUCGCUUUCAGAAAAGGAUCAGUGGGUGUAACCCAGUAGUGGAAGAGGACUUUGACUGGCCGGCUGCUUGCAUGGAGCUGGAGGAGCAUCUCAGACACUGGGCCUGUGAUGGCAGGAGAACAGAGUACUUCUCCCUUGCCAACGGCCACUUCUCCUCCAUCAACUCCGUUCUGCUCUUGCAGGGUGGGGCUCUCUGUGUCUCAGGCUCCCUGGAUCGGAACGUCGACCUGUGGGAUCUGCGGGAGCUGGGCCAGUCCCCGGACAAGGUGCUGGUGAAAGCACUGGGCACGGAGCGCAAUGGGACGCACAAGGUGGGAACCUGGCCUUCACCCUCCCGGGGCGGGGAGGGGUCUGACCAGGCUUCCUCUGAGCUGGAGAAAGGCGCCGAUGGCACUCUGUCCUCAGCACGGGGCUGGGUGUGGUCACUGGCUUCAAGAGACAACAAGGUGUGCUCAGGCUCCUGGGACAGCACGGUGAAACUGUGGGACAUAGAGGCCAACGGGCAGCAGUUUGGGGAGAUCAGUGGGAAAGCUCCCGUGCUGUGUCUCUCCUACCUGCCCGACAUCCUGGUCACUGGGACCUACGACAAGAAGGUGACGGUGUACGACCCACGAGCUUCCCAGGCCCCAUUGAAGAGCCGCAAGCUCCACUCCAGCGCCGUCCUGUCCCUUGUGGCCGACGAGCGCUUCAUCAUCUCAGGCAGCAAGGACCGGACGCUGGUCGUCUUCGACCGCCGGGCCAACAGCAUCCUCCAGAGGCUGCAGCUGGAAUCCUACCUGCUCUCCAUGUCCUACCAGGGGACGCAGCUGUGGGCCGGGGACAACCAGGGACGACUCUACGUCUUUGAAAACAGAGAAGGCCGCUUCCAGCACAUCCGGUACUUUGACGUGGGUCACCAGUCCAAUAUCACUGGGGUCUGGCACUCCCUGGGCACUCUGUACACGACCUCCACUGACAAGACCCUGCGGAUACACGUUCCGACGGACCCGCCUCGCACUAUCUGUUCACAGAUGCACAACAACGUACUAAAUGGGGUCAGCGCAGAAGGCAACAUUGUAGUAGCUGCCUCCGGGGGCCUGUCCUUGGAAAUCUGGAGGCUCGAUGCCUGAUGGGAGGCCUGGAUCCGCAGAGCCAUGUCUUGCAGCUGCGGCCCCAGAGGCAGGUGCUGCACCCGGGCGCCCGUGUUCCUGCCCAGGGGAGGGACCAGAGUUCCAGCAUUUGUUUGUCAUUCGUUUGUUCGUUGUUCUUUGGAAGAGGCCCGAGGAGCUGGGAGGUCAAAGCUUCACUGCCUGAGCUCGCCCUGGCGCUGCCGUUCCCAGAGCGAUUUCCAUGCCUGAGUUUCCAGAGGGAUCGGAGCCUGGCCAGCCUUUCCCUGCUAGAUGCACUGACUUAGCUCUCUCUGGCUCACAUUCUUCCACCACUGUCCCCUUUUCCACCCUCUGGGCUCCUUCGUUAGCACAACCCUGGCCUGACUGCCAGGCGGCCUGUGCUACUUAUCUGUCUACCUCCCACCUGCUUCUCCAUGGUGCAGGGCUCUUGCUGCUCCUUCGGGGCCGGUUCCAAAAAUCUCUCAGGUCACAGCGCGGGAGGGGACGGCCGUAAGGGGUCAGAACCAGUAACCAUCCAACCCAGCUCCAACCAGCCUGAGGGUGCUCCUGCUAAAGGUUGAGGAAAACAGACGCAAGGGCUGACCAGAUCGAAACAGAGUCCAGAGCUGAUGUGUAACUUACAGGGACUCAGUUGAGACGCACGUUCUAAUGUUGUUGAUUAAACUCUUCUGCCAGACAGGA